AUGGACCAGACAGUAGAUUUUGAAGAAAUUAAGAGGCUUAUCAAUGCUAACAAUGUCGAAGGUCUUGAGAUAGUGCUUUCUAAAGUGCAAGGCAUGAGUGCGGCAGAUCUGAAGAAACUGAUCGGGCUAACGGAGUCGAAAAAGAUACAGAGACUGAUGAAAAGCAAGUAUGCCGAGAAUCGAGGGGAUGGUGCUAAAGCACCCGCUGCAGGCGAUGCCGAAUCUGCGGAAGAUCCAUGUUUGAUUCUCAAGGAAAUGAGCACUGGGGAUCUUCAAAAGGAUAGGUCUAUUAAAAUGUUUUUCGAUGCAUUUAGAGCAAAUAUUCCCGAAUGCAGUAGCAAGUCAGCGGCAUUGCUUGCAAGGCAAAUAACAACCGAAAUAUUUAAGAAGGAGGCGGGGGAAAUAGCAAAGCUGGUAAGAAGCAAGUGCUUGAAUCUCAAGGACAAGAAUAACCCAACGCUAUGCAGAAGGGUAUAUGAAGGAGAGAUUCUGCCAGCAAGAUAUGUGGAGAUGAGUGCAGACGAGAUGAAAAGCGAGAGUUUGCGCAGUGAGGAGGUGAAGAUGAUGGAGGACAGCCUUUAUGAGUGCCAGAUCCCAACACAGAAGGCAGAGACAGAUCUUUUCAAGUGCAAUAGAUGCGGUGAAAGAAAGUGCUCGUAUAGACAGUUGCAAACAAGAUCUGGAGACGAGCCCAUGACUACGUUUGUGACAUGCGAGUGUGGAAACAAGUGGAGGUUCUGCUGA